CUUACUACCCAUAUAAUCCCCAAUCCCCAUCCAACUUCCCAUCAUCUUCACACUCACAAACAAAAAAAUGUCGACUUCUUCUUCACUUGUAGACUCUCCAAAACAGGGCGGCUCCAGCCCCUCCUCCAACCCAUUUAGUCACUUCCUCGGCAGCAUAUCCUCCUACGACGGUAAUGUGAUGCUGGCGGCCUUGAUAUCCCUACUUUUAGUCAUCCUUUUCGUUCUUCUCCUCCACCUUUACGCCAGAUGGUUCUUGGCGCAGGCUCGCCAGAGACGGCGGCCCACCUCCAUUUCCGUCACCCACGUCCUCCGCACCGAUCGAUUCCGCCAUUUCCACGCAUUCAAUUUCGACCUCAGUUUUUCAACUUCCCCCUCGAAGGGUCUCGACUCCGCCGUCAUCUCCUCCAUUCCGUUGUUCGUUUACAAGUCCGAGGAAUCCAAACAUGGGUUGGAAUGUGUAAUUUGUUUGAGUUCCUUUGAGGACAAGGACGUUGGACGACAAUUGCCCAAGUGCGGGCAUGGUUUUCACGUCCAGUGCAUUGAUAUGUGGCUGCAGUCUCACUCCAACUGCCCCAUUUGCAGAGCUCCUCUGGCGACUGAAAGUAGGUUUUCCACUGAAGUAAGUUCCCUGGAGGAGACGACCGGAGAAUCGCCAGCUAUGGAUGCGAUUAUUAAUGAAGAAUCGGGUCAGGAGGAUGACACUUCAUCAUCAUCACCAUCAUCUUCUUCCUCUGUGUUGUCGUCUUCAUUAGGAUGUUCAUUAAAGAGAAUGCUGAGCAGGAACAGGUCAGAGCACAAGGUUUUUCCGACAUCUAAUGCUACAGAUGAAGUUGAUGUGUGAGAGUCAUCUUUGUCACUAGUAGUGUUCAUACUGUAGAAUCAUGAAUCACAGAUUUUGUAUAAAUUUCUUGGGGAUUG